AUGGCUUCCCUGAGAUGGUGGCUCUCUAUCGCUCUUUAUACAGGCCUCGGACGAGCCGUUGCAGGUAGUGGCUCUACGAGCGGCGACGUGACCUGUACCGACACCACUGUAUCAACCAAUCUUCUCUCGAACCCAUCCUGGGAGGACGGCUUGAGCCCAUGGUCAUACUACUAUCCGCGCACAACCACGACCGCUCAAGCAAUUGAUGGCUCUCAGUCGCUAUUAACCAGUGGCGUAUACCCGUUUCAGUACAUCUACCAAACAAUAUCAGGUCUGGUCCCAGGUACUACCUAUCAAGCAUCUGUCGACUUCAUGGUAGUGAUCACCAAUGCGGCUAUCACAGAGUUCUGCACUGUAGAUCUCUACCAUGACUCUGCCUCGGCGGCUAACCUCAUCAACGGAAACACCGCGAGUUACAGGAGCACCAACAGCCAGUGGCUCACUCUGAGCGGCCCAUUCACCGCAACAACAGAAAGUCACAUUUUUGGCAUUUACAUAACUUGUUCCCCAUAUCGCAUUGCCCAAGUUGCUAUCUACAUAGAUAACGCCAAAUUCAUUCUUGAUACAACUACACAAGCUUGCACUACUACCACGCGAACGUCGACACCUACCUCGACUCCUCCGGCGUCCACACCAUCACCACAGCCCUCAAGUCCGAUCCCUAGCAUUGCGUCCUCAUCACCCAUUGCUCAUUCGAGCUCAGCUAUAUUAAUAUCAACAAGCACACUCCUUCUACAGAGCUCUUCACCAGUACUGCCAUCGUCGAUCCCUUCGCAGAUACCAUCGGCAUCCACACCAUCACCACAGCCCUCGAGCCUGGUCUCUAGCAUUGCGUCCUCAUCACCUAUUGCCCAUUCGAGUUCCACCGCUCCCAUAUAUCCCUCAUCAUCUUUUAAUCCAUCGAGGUCAAAUACUUUCGCACCGACGAGCACACCUCUUUUACCCAGCUCUUCAUCGGUAUCGCCGUCAUCGGUCCCCCCAACCUCCCCCCCUAUCAAUCCACACACAUCUGUAUCGUCAGUGUCAAGUCAGUCUAUCGGACACGGCUCUAGUCCUGUCAUUCCUUCAGCUCCUCCCUCUGUCUCAACUGGAUCCAAUUCCCUCGCAGCAACCACAUCUACCGCGACAAGCACGGAGUUGCAAUCUACCCCUCCAAUCUCAAACCCGGUAGGCAUCUCGAUCUCUAGUUCAUCGACUAUUUCCUUUGUUCCUUCGUCUUCUUCCACGUUGGAUCCUUUCUCCACGACCGUUAUUUCGACAGAAUCAAACCAACAACUCCCAUCGACAGGUCCUCUGGAACCUAAUUCAUCACCUCCACCUAUUGAUCUUCCCUCAACGACAUCUUCCGGCCACAUCACAUCUUCCAAUGUUGAAUUGACAACUUCUACCAUCUACAGUACUCGUACCUCUACCAUCACCGCCUGUCCUUCGAGUAUUAUAUAUUGUCCAGCACGGUCACGAACCACAUAUGUCACGACUGAGACGAUCUACGUAUCGACUACAGUCUGUCCAGUAGCCGAAAAUGAACCUACUGCGCAGGUUACUACAGAGCUAGCGGCAUUGACUACCGUUUACGUGAUUACCGAGAAAGUAACUUCUCUGCCGACAGGUAUCCCCUUCAUCUCCGUCUCCGUGUCACCAAUCUUGAGCACCCGUACCGCUACAUUCACCUCCUGCCCUCCUGAAGUGACAGGCUGUUCUGCCAACCCAGCUGCUCCCCAGAUCGUGACAGAGACCCUCCUUGUCGGAGAGUCUACAUAUACGCUAUCUGAAACAGCAGUUGCGACUUAUCCCGCUCAUCCCCAGGUUGGAUCAACUGCUUCGUCCCGUUUGCUUUCUUCUGUUCCUGUGAGCUACACUACACUUUCUGUUUCUAGUACUUUGCCAAAAGCCUCGACCUCUACGGGCACAUCCGAUUUGCCUGCGUUCAAUGGUGCUGAAUUGUUGGGUCAUCCAAGAAGCUUGGCUCAGAUCAUUAUCUCGGUUUCCAUCGCAGCCCUUGCGCUCUUAUGGCUCUAG